AUGACUCUUGUUAAUGAAGACAUGGAUAAAAUGUGGGAAUACUUAUCCAAGAAUGAUCAAGAAGUUAAUGUUGGAGAAUACAAUAAAAUGGAUAGCAUCGCGCAUAAUAUGUCUGACUCAUGGCAGACCACAUCGGAUGACUUUCUGGAGAACAUAUUUUCUCUCGAACAGGGUUCAUUGGAUUUCCUAGAACACUCCAUACCAGAUUUCAACCUAUGUCCUAAUGAGCCUGAAAUUAACGGACUAAGUAGUUCCAGUUCGGAUAGUGGGGUUUCCUCAGAUCAAACUGAAUUCGAUUUCGAACAACAACUAUCGCCGUAUCUCAUACAAAACUCGUGCGACGAAGAGGUCAAUGGCCCUAAGCCCAUGAGCCCAGGUCAAAAUGUGAUCAUCAAUGAUGGAUCUACAAGCCCAGGCCGAGAUGUAAUUAUCAAUGACAACUCCAGCUCUACUGAUUUUGAUAUUUUGGACUUCGAACAGAAUGUUGUGCCCAGCUUCAUCAAUACAUUCCCAGUCAAGCCGGAAAGAAAGCGUCGCUCGUCCAGCUCAAGUCAAGUGACAGUUCAGGCGAAAGUUCAAAGGCCAGCAAUAAAAAUUCCCGCCACAUCAGUACAGAAACCCCAACUAGUUGUCAAAGCCCAACCACAGAAGCCGAUGAAAGUUGCCAACAUACAAGUGAUAAAUCCACAGACUAAAGUCUACUCGAAACCUGUGGAAUCAGUCGCGCCACAGAGAAGAGUAAUCCGCGUAGCUCCCAUGGCUGGCAAUCCCAGAUCAAUAUUGUUGCCAGUGACAAUAAAGGAUAUGAAGGAUUUGAAAUCGAUAAAAAUAAUAAAUGCAGCCGAUUUGAAAAAUGCUUCGAAUAUUAAAAUUGCAGCUGCCAAUUUGCUGUCACAGAGUAAACGGCACGAGGAAUCGAGAAGUGAUUACGAAUAUGACAGCAAUAUGAAUUGCGAUGACUCAGGCAGCGACCACAGCGACGAUGAUUCCGAUCAGAAGGACCAAAUUCACGACGGGAGAAAUGGAUAUCCUCGUCUCGUUCUUACAUCUGAGGAACGCCGUUUACUAGCAAAGGAGGGGAUUACUCUGCCAACAAGCUAUCCGCUUACAAAGCACGAAGAAAGGGAAUUGAAAAGGAUACGCCGCAAGAUUAGGAAUAAGAUUUCGGCGCAAGAUUCUAGGAAACGCAAGAAGGAAUAUGUUGAUGGAUUAGAAGACAGGGUCAAACAAUGCACAGCGGACAAUCAAACCUUAAUGAAGAGGAUCAAACUGCUACAGUCACAGAACCAGACUCUUACGCAACAAUUGAAGAGGUUACAGAGCGUAUUAACCGGCGUAACGCCAUCUAGCGGCAAAGCGCAGCCGGCGACAUGUCUCCUAGUUCUCCUGUUGUCCGUAGCGUUAGUUGCCUUACCGUCAAUGCGUGAGGAGCCAGUACGAAGGAAUGAAAGGGCUUCCACCACUCCAGCUGCAGUUACUAGAGCACUAUUGUCUGCUACAAACAAAAUGAUCCUCGACGAGGCAGUAAUAGAUGACGGGGAAUUCAACAUGGACGAGCUGAUCACCUUCAACCGCGCGCAUUCCGACCACGAUUACCAAGUCGUCAAGCAAACCGAAACCAAGCUUCCCGGAGGUUACAUUGACCUACCAAUAGACGAAGACUGGCCCCCAAACAAGAAACGUAUGAAAACAGAGUUCGACUACGGAGACGGCAAGGACUACAUUGCACCCAUAAUCAGACAAGAAAACUACGAAACACCAAAAGCUUUACCGAAAUAUGAAGAAUUUGACAACACUCUAACCAAUACCUUGCUUUCCACUGGACGGAAGAUAGGCGAGCUUUUGAACGCAUUUUCCUUGAUUCCAGUUAAAAAUGAGGAUAUUUUGGUCGAAGAGGUCGAUUUCGAUUCGAGAAACAAUACUGAGGUGAACAGUUUUGUCGUCAAUGGCACUAAUGCUAUAUAA